UGUCUCUCUCUCUCUCUGUAUACUGUUUUUCACACACAUUUUACUUCUCUUUGGUAGAGUACCUUUAUCAUGAGCUUUAGAGGGGAAGUAAAUUUCGUUACCGUGGACAUAUCAAGUGCUUUGUGUUUUGUUUUUUUUAGAGAUGGAGGGAAAAUGAAAUAAUAAAAGCAGCAGUUAUGAGGCAGAGCUUGAGAGAACUAUGGAAACACCAGGUGGUGCAGGCGACUGUACCGGAAGCGAAUCACAAGUUAUCUCUGCUGUGGAGGAAGAGUCUGUGGAUUUUGAUGGCGAGUUGCAGCUCCUGCAGGACACUGUGCCCUUGCAGCCUCAGCCUGAGGAGUUCGUGGCCAUUGCAGACUAUGCCGCCACCGAUGAGACCCAGCUCAGUUUUUUGAGAGGAGAAAAAAUUCUUAUCCUGAGACAAACCACAGCUGACUGGUGGUGGGGCGAGCGAGCAGGCUGCUGUGGGUACAUUCCUGCAAAUCAUGUUGGGAAGCAGGUAGAGGAGUAUGACCCUGAGGACACCUGGCAGGAUGAAGAAUAUUUUGGCAGCUAUGGGACUCUGAAACUUCACUUGGAAAUGUUGGCAGACCAGCCUCGGACCACAAAAUACCAUAGUGUCAUCCUGCAGAACAAGGAAUCCCUGAAGGACAAGGUCAUCCUGGACGUGGGCUGUGGCACUGGGAUCAUCAGCCUCUUCUGUGCACAUCAUGCCAGGCCUAAGGCGGUGUAUGCUGUGGAGGCCAGUGAGAUGGCACAGCACACAGGCCAGCUGGUCCUGCAGAACGGCUUUGCUGACACCAUCACCGUGUUCCAGCAGAAGGUGGAGGAUGUGGUGCUGCCUGAGAAGGUGGAUGUGCUGGUGUCUGAGUGGAUGGGGACCUGCCUACUGUUUGAGUUCAUGAUUGAGUCCAUCCUGUAUGCCCGUGACACAUGGCUGAAGGAGGAUGGAGUCAUCUGGCCAACCACAGCUGCAUUAUACCUGGUGCCUUGCAGUGCCGACAAGGACUACCACAGCAAGGUGCUCUUCUGGGACAAUGCCUAUGAGUUCAACCUCAGUGCACUUAAAUCUUUAGCAAUCAAGGAGUUUUUCUCGAAACCCAAGUAUAAUCAUAUCUUGAAGCCAGAGGACUGUCUCUCUGAACCCUGCACCAUAUUGCAGUUGGACAUGAGAACUGUGCAAAUAUCUGACCUAGAGACCAUGCGUGGUGAGCUGCACUUUGAUAUCCAAAAGGCUGGCACCUUGCAUGGCUUCACAGCCUGGUUCAGUGUGCGGUUCCAGAGCAUGGAGGAGGGGCAGCCGCAGCAGGUGCUCAGCACCGGCCCACUGCAUCCCACUACCCAUUGGAAGCAAACCUUGUUUAUGAUGGACGACCCAGUUCCAGUCCACAUAGGAGAUGUGGUCACAGGCUGUGUUGUGUUGCAAAGAAACCCAGUGUGGAGAAGGCACAUGUCUGUCACUCUGAGCUGGGCUAUUACCUCUGGUCAAGACCCUACAUUUCAAAAAGUUGGAGAGAAAGUCUUUCCUAUCUGGAGAUGACAGUGAAGGUUUGCUUUGUAGGCAUGGUGUACAUCGUGAGGGGGUAAAGGUGCACCUGCCCACGUGCACACUGUUGUAAAGGGCACAUGGCAUUCACUUCGUGCUAACAGCUCUCUGCCUGCAGGUGAUGUCAUGCCCUUCACAGACAAGCGCUUGGGCUCAAUCCUAGUGUCGUCCGUCCCUCUAGAGUAGCCUGUGUCUGCACCUAUUUGCCUUGUGGUGGCCCCUGUGCCCCCUGGGGUGGUUGUAGUGUCUGUGUUCCCAGCUAUGUGUAAUUGUAGACAUCUCAGACACAUGCAUGUCAGCCUGAGUACCUGUACCUGUGGUGUCCACACCUUGUGCCAGUUGUCUCCUUGCUGCCCUUACUCAGCCACUCCCCCUGAAACGUGUAUGGUGCAGAGUUGUGCUGUAGCUCUGUAUGUGGCAGGCACCAAAUGUCUAUGGCUCAGUGGAGCGGUUGGCAGCAAGCAGUGCAUGUGACAGGCUCUGCAUGGGCAGUGAAGUGUGUAAAUGUCUUUCAGGUAAAUUAUGUGUGGGACAUAUUACAUGCUCAAUAAAUAUUUUUAAAUGAA